AUGCAGGUCCCCUUAAUUCGUCUCCAAUGCGGCUGCAAUAGCUAUGACUGGGGCAAGAAAGGGAAAGACUCGGCCGCCGCCAAAUAUGCUGCGGCCACGCCUUCAGACGACUUCACCGUCCAAGAAGACAAGCCAUACGCCGAACUGUGGAUGGGCACACACCCUUCACUGCCUUCCAAAGACCUUGUCACCGGGAGAUCUCUGCUCGAUCUCGUCGCCGACAACCAAGCACUGAUGGGCAGCGACAUCACCGAGAAAUACAACAAGAAACUACCCUUUCUCUUCAAGGUCUUGUCCAUCAACAAGGCUUUGUCCAUCCAAGCCCAUCCCAAUAAGAAGCUCGCCGAGAAGCUUCACGCCAAAGACCCAAAGAACUAUCCCGAUGACAACCACAAACCCGAGAUGACACUCGCCAUCACCCCGUUUGAAGGCCUGUGUGGAUUUCGACCGCUUAAGGAAAUUGCACACUUCCUCGCAACCAUCCCACCCUUACGCGAAUUGGUCGGCGAGAGCGAGGCCAAAGGCCUUGAAGAGAUCGCCCAGACUUCCUCGCCGUCUCUCGCUGAGGCCAAAUCCCGCCUCAAGACCGCAUUCAGCUCGCUCAUGAAGUCGUCCAAGGCCGACGUGGCCGAGAAAUCCCACGCCCUCCUCGAACUCGCCAAGAAGGGAGCCAUUACUCCAGGUCCAAGUGUGAACACCUCCGAAGAGCUGUGUGAACUCGUGCAGCGAUGCAACGGCCAGUUCCCCGAGGACAUUGGCCUUUUCGUGUUGUUCUUCCUGAACUACGUCAAACUCCAGCCCGGCCAGGCCAUGUACCUUAAGGCCGACGACAUCCACGCCUACAUCUCUGGCGACAUCAUCGAGUGCAUGGCGAGCAGCGACAACGUGAUCCGUGCGGGCUUCACCCCCAAGUUCCAGGACGUCGACACCCUGACCGACAUCUUGACGUACGACCACGACCCCCCUGAGCAACAGCUCCUCCAGCCCGUCGACUACCCGUACGUCACGCUCAACGACAAGGCCUACAGUUCCAACAGCGACUCGCUGCUGUACGACCCCCCGAUCGAGGAGUUCAGCGUGGUGCGCACGGCGCUCAAGAAGCCCGGCGCCAAGGCCACGUUCGAGGGCAUCGCCGGCCCUAGCAUCAUUAUCUGCACGAGCGGCGAGGGUAAGAUCAGCGUCGGCCCCAAGACCGAGGACUUCAAGGAAGGCUGGGUGUACUUUGUGGGCGCCACCGCAGAGCUGGUCAUCGAAAGUGCCUCGGACGAGAUGGUCACGUUCCGGGCCUUCUGCGAGAUCGACGACCACGCCACCAAGCAGAAUGGCGCGCAUUGA